AUGCGGCCGAACGCCGUUGUCCUGGCGCGGGUCUGCCUGCCGCUUCUGCUGCUGGCGGCUGCGACAAACGCGCGGAUCCACAAGCUGGACAUACGGAAAGACAGGAGGCAUUAUAUUACUUUAAGCACAUUCGGCUUUUACAUAGGAGGCAUUCUGACUGUGAAUCUCACAAGUUUCAAGUUUGAAUCGGCGGACGCCGAGAAAAAACUAACACCGGAAAGCGCGAGCAAAGCCGUGUUUGGAUUUAGCUUGGGCCGAACGCUCAUCGAUGCUAUUAAUCCAUACGUGCACAAUCAUCUGGACGGAUGCUUGUUGCAAAAUGUUUCGAAUCUCAAGACAGAACAAAAGGACGACAGCUCGAUCAUAUAUUUUACCAUGGACUUGAAGAAUCUUACAAUGCAGGUAGACUGCAGUCGCAAUGUACACGCGGCACACAUCUACAGGGAUCCAAGCGCUGUAUUAAUGUAUCGGACAAAGAGGAGUUCGCUGUCAGCAAGAUUCAGCGAUACCGCGCUCUUCCCACGGAGAAAACGGAACACAUCGCACGCGAUCGAGAAGAUCCUCGCUCACGGCAAUAAUCUGAAACCUGGCUCGGACAGCAAUGCGUGCUCCCAUCUGAAAUUACCGAUGACGGUGGAAACGACGUCGAAGGGGGAGAGAUCAUAUAACACAAGCUUCGUCAUGUAUGUCGCCAGCGAGGAAGAGGAGGGCCUGUACAAUCUCUACUUUCACAAUUGUCAGAAUUAUGAUAAUAACAAAGAACCGCUGCUUGUGGACUUCACGGUGGAAAUAGCGGAGAUUAAUAAUGAUAACUUUCUCAGUGCCGGCGAAAUGCCAUUGCCGGCUCUAUAUUUUACAAUGGCUCUACUUUUUUUCUUGUCGGGCUGUUUUUGGGUAUUUAUUCUCAAUAAAAGCAAGCAUUCUGUGUUUAAAAUCCACUAUUUAAUGGCGGUUCUGGUGUACCUGAAGUCUUUCUCAUUGCUGUUCCAUGGUAUAAAUUAUCACUUCAUCCAAACUAAGGGUGAGCACGUCGAGGCAUGGGCGAUUUUAUAUUAUAUUACUCAUCUUCUGAAAGGAGCCGUUCUCUUUAUUACUAUUGUGCUCAUUGGCACGGGAUGGAAUUUUAUAAAGCACAUUCUCUCGGACAAGGAGAAAAAGCUCUUUAUGCUGGUCAUACCAUUGCAAGUGCUGGCAAAUGUAGCCGAGAUUAUUAUCGAGGAGAGUGAUGUGGGUAAUCUGCGUCGUGAGACUUCGCGGGAUAUGUUCAUACUUGUUGAUUUAAUCUGUUGUGGCGCAAUUCUAUUUCCAGUCGUAUGGAGCAUCAGGCAUUUAGAAGAAGUUGCCCGCACGAGUGAUAAAGCGGCGAUGAAUUUGCGUAAACUUAUGCUUUUUAAGCAUUUCUAUAUUAUGAUAGUCUUCUAUAUAUACUUCACUCGUAUUAUAAUGUACAUACUCAAGAUCACAGUACGCUUUGACUACCAAUGGCUGGACGAAACGUUCCGAGAGAUGGCAACCUACGCAUUCUUCGUUCUGACAGGAUACAAAUUCCGACCAGCGUCCGCGAAUCCGUAUUUCACGGUACCGAGUGAUGAGGUGGAUCCGGAUGACGAAGACGAUAAAACCGAUGUUGUCAUUUCUGGUGGUAACGGAAUCAACAGGGACUUCAGUAAAGUGAGUAAGGUACCGAGGGCGGUAAGAUCUGCGACUUCAAAAGUACCGUCUACCGAGGAAGAGCGGCAUUCUCUUUUCCAUGCAGAAUCCUCUCGCGAGUAUGAUUGAGGACAAUAGAAAU